AGGACGUGGCCAUUGGCUCGUGUCGUUAGCAGUUUUCAGAGUUUUCGAUUCCGAUUGGUGUCGCGAAAUCGAAUGGGCGGAGUCGCAGGAGUGGGACUGCGGAGGGAGCGGAUCGCGGGAGUAUCCCGAAGAACGCGAGGCGUGGAGGGCGGCUCGGUCUGCGCCAGAAGUGCAGGCAGUUGAAUAGAAGAAAGUGGUUCGGAGCUUUUUCCACUUCUACUGUUGGGAAUUUAAUUUCAUCAUCUCUGACUCUGUUCUUUAAAAAGAAAGAAAAGCAGCAACCGAGAAUCAGAUUCAUACACAACAUGUUUGUGCAGAAGGACUUCCACUCCCUGGCUGUGCUAUUAAUGUUAGCAAUCAAGAAAAGCCUUUGGGGGCUGCAGAUUCUCUCUAGUCUGAUGCUGCCACCACCACCACUGCUGCUCAGGAUUUUGGUGCAGGAAAUCCAAACUGCUGCCUUCUCUGUUCGCUGAGCUCUUCACAUCUGCAUGUCUCUGCUGCUCGCGAACGCACCAUCUCACGCCCUCUCUCCAUGGACUGAUUGCUGUGGAGGAAAGACAAGCCUGUCCAACUGAUUAUUUUGCUCCCCCUUUUGGGAGGAACACAAAUUAUAUUUAUUUGUGAUAUUCUGGAGGAUCUGUUCGGUGGAUAACCUUUUUGGGGGGAGGAAACAUGACGUCUCCAGCUAAAUUAAAAAAGGAUAAGGAGAUCAUAGCUGAAUAUGACACUCAAGUCAAAGAGAUUCGAGCCCAGCUUAUUGAACAACUGAAAUGUCUUGAUCAGCAAUGUGAACUGAGAGUCCAACUGCUCCAAGAUUUGCAGGAUUUUUUUCGAAAGAAAGCUGAAAUUGAAAUGGAUUACUCCAGGAACUUAGAGAAGCUGGCUGAACGAUUUCUGGCAAAAACAAGGAGCACCAAAGACCAGCAACUCAAGAAGGAUCAGAAUGUUCUUUCUCCGGUCAAUUGCUGGAACCUCCUCUUAAAUCAGGUGAAGAGAGAGAGCAGGGACCACACUACUUUGAGUGACAUCUAUUUGAACAAUAUAAUCCCUCGGUUUGUUCAAGUCAGUGAAGACUCUGGACGACUUUUCAAAAAGAGUAAAGAAGUUGGACAGCAGCUCCAGGAAGACCUGAUGAAAGUUCUGAAUGAGCUCUACACGGUAAUGAAGACCUACCAUAUGUACAAUGCUGACAGCAUCAGUGCCCAAAGCAAGCUGAAAGAGGCAGAGAAGCAAGAAGAAAAACAGAUUGGUAAGUCUGUGAAGCAGGAGGAAAAGCAAACUCCACGCUCCCCUGAUUCAGCCUCCAGCGUCAAGUUUGAAGAAAAGCAUGUCCGACGGAGCUCAGUCAAGAAGAUUGAGAAAAUGAAAGAGAAGCGCCAAGCAAAAUACACAGAAAAUAAACUGAAGGCUAUUAAGGCAAGGAAUGAAUAUCUGCUGGCUCUGGAAGCCACCAAUGCAUCUGUAUUCAAGUAUUAUAUCCAUGACCUGUCAGACCUCAUUGAUCAGUGCUGUGACCUAGGGUAUCAUGCCAGCCUUGGUAGGGCACUUAGGACAUUCCUAUCAGCAGAGCUGAAUCUAGAACAAUCAAAGCACGAAGGCCUGGAUGCCAUUGAGAAUGCUGUGGAAAAUCUGGAUGCCAACAGUGACAAGCAGCGUCUGAUGGAAAUGUGUAACAGUGUCUUCUGCCCACCCAUGAAGUUUGAGUUUCAGCCCCACAUGGGUGACAUGGUAUUCCAGCUAUGUGCCCAGCAACCAGUGCAGAGUGAGUUGGUACAAAGAUGUCAGCAGCUGCAGUCUAGGCUAUCCACUCUGAAGAUUGAAAAUGAAGAGGUUAAAAAAACAAUGGAAGCCACACUACAAACUAUUCAGGAUAUUGUCACUAUUGAAGAUUUUGAUGUAUCCGAUUGCUUCCAGUAUAGCAAUUCUAUGGAGUCUGUAAAAUCAACAGUUUCUGAAACCUUCAUGAGCAAGCCAAGCAUUGCCAAGAGACGGGCCAAUCAACAGGAGACUGAACAGUUCUACUUCACAAAAUUGAAGGAAUAUCUGGAAGGGAGGAAUCUCAUCACCAAGCUCCAGGCCAAGCAUGACCUCCUCCAGAAGACUUUGGGAGAAAGUCAAAGGACUGACUGCUCUCUUGCGAGCAGACGCAGUUCUACUAUAAGAAAGCAGGAUUCCAGCCAUGCAAUUCCUUUGGUGGUAGAAAGCUGUAUACGUUUCAUUAGCAGACAUGGACUUCAGCAUGAAGGAAUAUUCAGGGUAUCUGGAUCUCAGGUUGAAGUGAAUGAUAUAAAAAAUGCAUUUGAGAGAGGGGAGGAUCCACUGGCUGGAGACCAAAAUGACCAUGAUAUGGAUUCAAUAGCGGGUGUCCUAAAGCUCUAUUUUCGUGGGCUAGAACAUCCCCUCUUCCCCAAGGAAAUCUUUCAUGACCUGAUUGCCUGUGUCACAAUGGACAACCUGCAAGAGAGAGCUCUGCACAUCCGAAAAGUCCUGCUUACAUUGCCUAAAACCACAUUGAUUGUAAUGAGAUACCUCUUCGCAUUCCUCAGCCAUUUAUCUCAGUUCAGUGAAGAGAACAUGAUGGACCCCUAUAAUUUAGCCAUCUGCUUUGGACCCACUCUGAUGUCCGUGCCUGAAGGCCAUGAUCAGGUCUCUUGCCAAGCUCACGUUAAUGAGCUCAUCAAAACUAUAAUCAUACAACAUGAGAAUGUCUUCCCAGGAGCAAGAGAGAUGGAGGGACCUAUAUACGCCAGGGGUGGAAGCACUGAGGAUUACUGUGAAAGCCCUCAUGGAGAGACUGUCUCUACAGAAGAUGCCACUCAGGAUAUAACUAUUGAACACCAUACAAGUGAUGAUGAAUGUGAACCUAUUGAAGCAAUAGCCAAAUUUGACUACUCGGGCAGAACAGCACGCGAGCUUUCUUUCAAAAAGGGAGCUUCCCUCCUGCUUUAUCACCGGGCUUCUGACGACUGGUGGGAAGGCCGUCACAAUGGCAUUGACGGUUUGAUCCCUCAUCAAUACAUUGUUGUCCAGGACACUGAGGAUGGGAUGUCUGAAAGAUCAAGCCCAAAAUCUGAAGUAGAAAUAAAUUCCGAGCCACCUGAAGAAAAAGUGACAGCCAGAGCUGGUUCAAAUUGUCCAAGCGGCAGCCAUGUGGCUGACAUUUAUCUUGCAAAUAUCAAUAAACAAAGAAAGAAGCCUGAGUCAGGGAGUAUACGAAGAGCAUUCCGUCAGAGUGACAGCCAUGGAUUACCCAGCUCACUGGGGGAACCCACACCAUCUGGAGCUAUAGCUAGUCCUCGUCCUUCCUCACAACCCAUUAUGAGCCAAAGCCUCCCGAAAGAUGUACCAGUCCCAGAUGCAUGCUCCAUCAGCGGCCAUGGGAGCCUCAAUUCUCUCAGUCGGCAUGCCUCUCUGAAGAACAGAAUAGAUAGCCCCCAUAUCCGGAAGAACGUGACUGCAGGAAGGUCAAAGAGCUUUAAUAACCACCGACCCAUGGAUCCUGAAGUCAUUGCACAGGAUAUUGAAGCUACUAUGAAUUCUGCUCUGAAUGAGUUGCGGGAGCUAGAAAGGCAAAGCAAUGUGAAACACACACCAGAUGUUGUUCUUGAUACGCUGGAGCCAAUGAAAAUGUCCCCUGUAGUUGCACCCACCUCUGAGCCUUCCAGCCCUUUGCAUACUCAAAUCCUCAAGGACCCAGAACCAGCCUUUCAGCGGAGUGCCAGCAUGGCAAGUGACAUUCCCUGUGCCUUCAGGCCAGCAAAAUCUGUCAAAAUGGCUGCCCAGGUCAAACCUCCAGCCACUAGGCCAAAGCCAGCAGUUUUCCCCAAAACAAACUCCUCAAGUGCUGCAGUUGCCUCAGCUUCUCAACAGUCUACUGACAAGUCUUGUACUGUGUAAAACUGAAAAGCCUACUGUGAAUACAGCAUUUUUGUUUCAGCUUAGGGAACUCUAUUAAGGAGACCUUACAAUUUCUAUUUAAUUAGUAUUGAACUUCUACUAAAGAUUAGUUCAUAAGUUACUGGUGCCAGGAAUGUUUUCACCAAGAAAGAUCCAGCUAAUUAAGCCUCGCGUUACACCACCCUAGCAUUUACUAGGGUGUCAAAAGUCUGUGUAACCUGAGACAGAAAGCCUGAGGUCCUUUUGAAAUCAAUGAGGGAAAGGCACAAUUAAUUAGCUUAUUACUGGUAACUAAUCAAUGCCUUGUUCAAGUGUCUGGUCGCUGGGAGACUUUUCAAUGAUCACAUGACUUGGAAAUUGGUAGAAAGGAUUUUCUUGCUUCAACCACUACAGGGAAAACAAUAAGGUGUUUGUUAUUGAUGGAUGCUUUUGUUGCCACUGGCUAAGUGAGUUUUGCGCAUGACUACAGUCCUCAAUAGUGCUACAAGAUGUAUUAAUUUUCCAUUCUCUUUGGUCUCUUUUCAGCAUACCCAUUCUCAAACACUAGGUUCAGUGUUUUCAAUCCUAGGUUGAAAAUCCUUAUGAAAUGUGCCUGGAAAGCCUAGUCCUGGGCUAAUAAGGCAUGUUUAUAUUCAGACAUAUAUGUUCAUUUAAAGUUAAACUAAUCAUAUGGAAGAAGUACAAAGUAUGAGAUAUCGCACACUUCCUAUUUACUGUAUAUAUUUCCAUGGUGCUUCCAGAAUAUAAGGAAACCCAAAUAUUUCAGAAUGAAAUUUCAAUUAAAUAGCCUUUUUUCAUGGGAACUCAGCAGAGAAACUGAAGAAAUGUUAAAAAUUUAAACAAGCUGUUACAGUUCAUUUUGUUGUUCUCACUCUCUCUCUCACCCUCCUUAUCUUUCUUUGAUUUAGUCUUCUAUGUGUUUGAGAUAUAAUUGGCAGCCUAAAGUUAAGAAAAUCAACAGUCUUGAGACAGGCGUAUGUCCAGUAUGCACCAUACUUCUGGGAUAGAUUAUCCUUUCCUCAAGCAUUUUACAGAUGAUCCAGUGAAUCAGCUUAAUAUGAUAUUUUCUAUGAUUCCAACAAAUGACACAGACUUUUUUUUUCAUUUAUUGGAAAAUAAAUUCCUAUUCAAAAUAGGAUCAUCCUAAAAACAAAAGAAGCAUUUUGAAUUAAAAUGGAUUUUAUCCCACUUCUCUAAUUGUCAACUGAUGCUGAGAUAAAGAACUGAAAUGUGUUUGUUUAAUGCUCUCGGUUUCAAGUUCCAGCCUAUUUUUCUUAUAGUUAGUUUUUUAAAAUAAUUCUCUGAACAAAUUGACAGUAUUUUUUUCAGAUUACGACUAUUAUUUAAACUGUUCUUUUCUUUUGAUUUUUUUACUCCCCCCCCCUCCCCAAAAUGCUGGGCUAUUUAAUUGCCUGUAAAAAUCGUCACAAUCUCAGAGAUAAAAUCAAACCAUGUGGAUUUGGGAGAUCAUUUUCUCCCUUUUUGUGUGUCCACAUUUCCUCUACAUCUUGAAUUUUUAGACUUGAGUACUGCAGUCUGAUAAUUAACUCUCAGGAUUAGUCAGAACUCCUUCCUUCCUAUUAUGUUUCACUCAGGCAAAACUACUGGAUAUUUUAAAGUACUUUUUUUAAAGAUUACACUAUUGCUACCAAUUUUUAAGACAGAGGGAGAGAUUUUUAUUUUUACCUGUGGUGGCCAGAGGGAGGAUCAGCAUUAUGUCUCCUCUGGAGCACUGAUACUAAUAAACCCCCAAUGCCUACUGAAAAUCUCCCUUUCAUUAAGAGCACAUGAAAAGCCUUAGCACAUGGUGUGAACAGGCAUAUCUCAUUUUGCAUUUUGCAGGCAUAUCUCAUUUGGGCAACCUUGCCAAUCAAAAUAACUCAAGUAAAGAACACUUCAUUUUUACUAGGUUUAUACCAUACUUUGUAGCCCUGGAAAGCUUCCAGUUACCCAACUGGGUUGUGUGUGGUAUGUGUGUGUGUGUGCAUUAAGAGUGUUUUUAAUGCAGGUAAUAGUUGGCAGUUUUUGUCUAUUUAAUUGUACUUUUGGUAUAUGUUUACUCUCUCUCUCAACACUGAAUUCUCAAUUUACAAACUAUUAAGUGUCCCUCUGUUGGAAUCUAAGUGUACACAGAGAUUUAUAUUGCAUAUAUAAAUACUUAAAUCACGUGGGAACAGCUUCUGCUGCACAUUCAAAAGUAUAAUGCUUUCCCCAUAUAGAUGAUGAGCAGAGUAUUGCAGAAAGAGAAAUAAUUAAGUUGGGCCACAUUGACAUGACAACCUUCAAUGAUUGUAUGUUCAUUAAUAGUCAUGGAUUUCUAUCAUUCUACUUUGGUGAAAUUUUUAAGAUACUUAGAAGUUCCUAUUUCUGCUUACACAUAGAAGAAGGUACUGAUGUUGUUCAGAGGAUAGAAGGCAUCUUAAAAGUAAUUGGCACAAUUCUAACUUUAGUGCUAAUGGCCAGAAUAGAUUAGGGUGGCACAUUAAUGUUUCUUUUGUCAGUAAUCAACAGUAUAUAUAGCGGCAACUUAUAUCUGGAAAAUCUUGUACCAGCAGAAACAGAUGAAGUACGGAACUUUCAGCCAAGAAAGUUCAUGGCUGUUACUAUGCACAAGGUCAUGCCAUAAGCAGUGUAAUCUAAAUUAAACAGUGAUACAGAAACUUUUAUGACUAGAUGUAUUAAUAACCCUUUUAGCUACUGUAAUAAAUCUCUGUGUAACGUAGCAAAUCAUUCUCAAUAUAAGAUGUCCACAAACGCAUCACAUUUAUCAUAUUUUAUAGCCAAAUUUAGUUAAAAUUAGAAAACAAUUCCCAUCAAACUUAGUAGCAUUUCGUGCAAAGUAAACAUAGUAUUAUCUUAUGCUUUAUGGGCAACACAAGUUGCCCAUAAAAUCUUUUAUGGAAUUGGAACGUGUAGGUUUACGCUAUUUUUAGUUAAAAUAUUCCUGAUUUUUAAAGCCAAACGUUGACAACUGGAACCAUGUUUUUUAAGUCAUGUCUUGUAUGAAAGUAUCACCUGAUAAACUUAUGAAAGUAAUUAAGCAGACAUUUGAAAGAAAGGCAGCUAGCUGUUAG